AUGAGAGUGCUGACCGCCAGCGCCUUCUCCGCGCGCGCGCGACUCCCUUCCGCCCUCCCAUUCGCCUCGUCUCCCAGCUCCAUACAUGGCCGAACUGCUGCAUAUCGACGGAUAUCGACGUCUCCAGUAUCGGCUCCGAGAUAUGCGACACGGCAACAGUCGCUAGUUACCCCGUCUAUCCCAUCAUCACCUUUCAUUCUCCUCCGGAGUGAGUUCCUACCGCACACUAUCCUCGCCCGAUCUACCACGUUAUACGCUCGCCACUUCUCCGUCCGCUCCUCGUUACAACAAGAAGCCCAGAAGCAGACAGACGAUGUAAAAGCCAAGCCCUUAGAUCCCGAGUCUGGAUCCCAGCCGCCGCCGGUUGAAGAGGCGGCCAAGGCCGGGGAAAAGGCAACCGGACAGCAAGGCAAAGAGGGCGAAGCGGACAAGAAGGCUGGAGAAGAGGAGUCAUCCGGGGAGAAGAAGGAAGGCGAGGAAGAGAAAAAAGCCAAGGAAGAGCCGCCGCCACCACCUCCGCACGGCGACAAGACCCCCUGGCAAGUCUUCACCGAGACCUUGAAAACGGAAUUCAGGGCGUCCAAGGAGUGGAAUGAGUCUACCAAGGCGCUCUCUGCUGGUGUCAAUGAUUUCACGCAAAAUCCGCAGGUUCAGAAAGCGAAGUCAACAUAUAAUACGAUUACCGACACCGCAUCCACCAAGACUGCCGAGGCGUUGAAGACCACAGGGAAGGUUAUUGGGACUAGUGCGGCAUGGACGUGGGAUACCCUCCCUGUGAAGGCUGUGCGGAAGGUUGCCAAUGUGACCGGUCAAGGUGUUGCAGUGGCCACGAAGCCGAUCCGAGACUCCAAGGCAUUCAAGAGCGUGAAGGAGACCAUAGAUGAUGGUAGCUCAUCAAGAUAUGGUGGAUGGACAGAAAAGGAGGAACGGCGGAAAAGGAGAGAGCUGAGGGAGCUCAAUGAGCUUAAAAGGUCGGGUGGAAAGUCCACUGGGCCGAUGGAGGAAGAUCCAAAUGCGGGCACAAACGUAACACUACAUAAGGACGCCAAAUACAAGGAAAUCUGGCGCGACUUCCGCGACUCCUCCCGCCUCAUGCAAUCAGUCUUCUCCCUCAAAUCGGCCUACAACGAGUCGGACAACCCCCUCAUCUCAACAGCUAGAAGCAUAUCAGAUCGCUUCACUGGCUUCUUCGCUGAAAACGAGACUGCUUUGGUCAUCAAGAAAUUCAGAGAAAUGGACCCUAAUUUCCAGCUCGAGCCCUUCUUGACGGAAAUGCGCGAGUACAUCCUACCGGAGGUCCUUGACGCCUACGUCAAAGGCGACGUCGAGACACUCAAGCUCUGGCUAUCAGCUGCGCAAUACCAGGUCUACGCAGCGCUAAUGCAACAAUACACAACAGCAGGAUUGAAGUCAGACGGUCGAAUCUUAGAUAUCCGGAACGUUGAUAUCCUCUCUGCGCGGAUACUAGAGCCGGGCGAAAUCCCAGUGUUCAUCAUCACUUGCCGGACGCAAGAGACCCACGUCUACAAGAACGCGAAGACGAAUCAACUAGCUGCUGGUAUGGACGAUAAAGUCCAGCAGGUCACCUACGCUAUUGGCGUCACACGCAUUCCGGAAGACGUUAACAACCCCGAGACGAGGGGCUGGCGGUUGAUUGAGUUGCAGAAGAGCGCGAGGGACUACAUAUGAUUUCAUCUACUCGCAUGUUUUUUUACUCCGUCAACGAUAUCCCACAAAUUCUACAACUCGUCGACCCACCUCGGAUCACUCAUAUCGCAAACUUCUGGCAUAUUCCAUGGCGCAUCUCGAAAAAGUCCGGCCCUCACCCUUCUACUCUGUUUUUACCACCGUCUCACGUAGAGACCUGUUUUUAUAUGGUGCUGCUUUGGGAACGCAAACUCAACUUGCGAAGGUACGGCGUUCAAUGAGUACAGCUUUACUUGACUUCCCCCCUCUUGUGUAUUAUAUAUUUUUGGUGGGUGUCUGAGUAUAGCGGACAUGGGGCUUCGGUUGGGCUACUACUACUGUAAGGAUGGAGAAAUGACUACUCUGGGAAUGAGGAGACAGGGGAUGAGGGGAUGGCGAUGGAGUGGACUUGUAGUUUGAGAACAAUGUCGCUUCACACUCUCACUGAUGGUUCGCUUCGUGAUCUAUGAUGUGAGAU